UCCUAUCAUGUGGUGCAUUCACUUCCUCACCAAUUUGCUCCAGAGCAGAAAGACCACUCUGCCGUAUCAUGUCGUCGUCUUAGUUAGUCUGCACCGACAGAAUCCACCGCAGAAAACAUGUUAUUUCUGGGUAAAUCUGACCGAUGCUCGCCUUUGAAGCUGGUGCUUUGGUCGGUGUCGGUUCUGGUGUGUUUGUCGGUCCGGUCCGGAGCCGAGGAGAACCCGUGGUACCAGGACCUCUGCAGUUAUAAAUGGGAGGCCAUAGACCAGGUUAAUAAAGUCGGCUACACGCUAAGGCUUUGUGAAUCUUCACCGUCGACCAGUUGUGGCCCCGGCACCGCCGUCUGCGCCCGGGACCUCAACACCAAAGCUGCCCAGUCUGUGGGUGAGCUGUCUCUGCAGAGGCUCUCUGGCUCGGUGCUGGAUUUCAACAGCACAGAGAAAUGUCCGGGAAGCGACAACAACAUCCAGACCAGCAUCAGCUUCCAGUGUGGGAAAACCAUGGGGACCCCGGAGUUUGUGGCUGUGUCUCAGUGUGUGCAUUACUUUGAGUGGAGGACGUACGCCGCCUGCAAGAGAGACAAAUUCAAGCCACACAAAGAGGUGCCUUGCUACGUGUUCGACUCUGACGGCAAGAAGCACGACCUGAACCCUCUGAUCAAAGUGAACGAUGGAUAUCUGGUGGACGACGGUGACGACACCAUCGACUUCUACAUCAACAUCUGCCGGAGCCUCAACCGACCGGAUGACUCGUGUGCAGAGGGCUCUGCCGCCUGUCUGGUCACCAGCCACGGAUCCUACGACAUGGGCUCUCCUACCGCACAGCUGGAGCUGCUGUCAAAUGAGAGACUGAGGUUAACGUAUAACGCCACCAGUUCAACUCCUCCAGACAUCUGUAAGGAACACACUCCAGCCGUCACCAUCACCUUCAUCUGUCCGUCAAGCAGACACUCGGGCAGUCCUCCUAAGAUGAUAGCGGAGUCGAACUGUCGUUACGAGGUGGAGUGGGUGACGGAGUACGCCUGUCACAGAGACUAUCUGGAGAGCAAUAACUGCAAAAUGACCAACGACCAGCACGACAUCUCCAUCGACCUGACACCGCUCACCCUGAGCUCUACAGACCAUCCGUACUACGCACAUUCUGGGGACGACAGCUACGUUUACUACCUGAACGUUUGUGGAAAGGUCCCCAGCGACGAAUGUGGCGAAGACCCGUACAUCUCGUCCUGCCAGGUGAAGAAGACCGGGGACGUGAAGAAGGUGGCUGGACAAUAUAAGAACCAGACGCUACGUUAUUCAGACGGAGAUCUGACUCUGAUCUACCCGGACGGCACCAGAUGCUCCACCGGCUUCCAGAGAAUGACCAUCAUCAACUUUGAGUGCAACAAGAACGCAUCGAGCGGUGGUCGAGGGGUUCCAGUUUUUGCGGGCGAGACGGACUGCACUUACUACUUUGACUGGGAUACGGCUUUCGCCUGCAUCAAGGAGAAAGAGGAUCUACUUUGUCAAGUCAGAGACGACACCAAACACUACGACCUCUCAGCCCUCACAAGAAACCCCGGGUCAGAUGCCGGAGGGAACUGGGAAGCGGUGGAUGAUAAAUCUCCAAAGCCAGACUCUCGUUUCUUCCUGAACGUUUGUCACAAAGUCCUCUUGACAGGAGAUGCUGUCGACUGCCCGGUGGACGCCUCCAUCUGUGCCGUGGAUAAGAAACUAGGGGCCAUCAGCCUGGGCAGCUUCCUCUCCUCUCCCCAGAAGACUAAAGUAGGAAAUGACAUCAGACUGGUUUACACUGAAGGAAGCGUUUGCAGCGAUAAAAAGACGAGGAUCCAAACCAUCCUGACACUCAAGUGCAAACCAGGAGAUUUGGAGAGCGCUCCUGUCCUCCGCAGCGUUUCCUCUGAUGGAUGUGUGUAUGAGAUGGAGUGGUACACCGCCGCCGCCUGCGUCCUCUCCAAGGCUCAGGGAGACGACUGCAGGGUGGAGGACCCUCAGGCCGGGUUUUCCUUCGACUUGUCUCCUCUCUCCAAAGCCGACGGUGGUUUCUACAACCUGAGCAGCAACCACUACGAUUACUACAUCAACGUGUGCGGUCCUGUCAAAGCUGCCAGCUGUCCGGAGAAGGCUGGGGCGUGCCAGUCUGAAAAGAGUUCUUGGAGUCUCGGGGAAGCGAACUCCCGUCUGACUUACUACGACGGCCUGAUCCAGCUCACCUACAGCAACGGCUCCCAGUACAACAACAAAGAACACACUCUCAGAUCCACUCUCAUCUCCUUCCUGUGUGACCCUGAAGCCGGAGCUGGAAAACCAGAAUUCCAGGUUGAGGACAAGUACACGUAUAACUUCCGCUGGUAUACAUCCUACGCUUGUCCUGAGAGGCCUCAUGAGUGUUUGGUGACAGAUCCCGUCACUCUAGAGCAGUACGACUUAUCCAGCUUGUCCCGCUCCACCUCCAUGAAAAACUGGCAGACGAUGGACUUGUCUGACACCAUGAACUUGAAGAAGUACUACAUCAACAUUUGUCGUCCGAUCAACCCUGUCACAGGCUGCGACCGCCAUGCGUCCGUCUGUCAGAUGAAGUACAUCUCUGACCAGGGAUCUCCAAAGGAAGUCAUCUCCGUCAGUAAUAUGGGUGUUUCCAAGCGAGGGCCGAUCAUCGAGGCUCGGGACCGGCUGCUGCUGGAGUUCACUGACGGCUCCGUGUGCGAGUCAGACGGCCAGAAGCUCUCCUACACGACACGCAUCCACCUGGUCUGCUCCAGAGGAAGCUCGUCAAUGGGCCCGCGGUUCCUGAUGUACCAGAACUGCACCGCCAACUUCAUCUGGGACACCAGAGCAGCCUGCGCCAUCAAAACCACUGAGAACAAUAGUUGUGCUGUGGUGGACCCAAACACUGGCUAUGAGUUCAACCUUCAGCUUCUGGCCAAUGAGAAGGGAUACACCACAAGAGCAAAUGGAAAGGACUUCCUGGUGAACAUCUGCGCAGACGUGGCAGAGUGUGGAAAGGGCAUCGCUGGCUGUGAGCUGGAGGACGGGCGCGCUCUGAGCCCGGUGGGAGUGGAGAAGACUCUCCAGUACUCCACCGACGGCCUGCUGCAACUCACAUAUAAAGGAGUCCUGGACGAGCCCACAGCUUCCCGGGACACCUUCACCAUUAACUUUGUGUGUGAUAAAAACGCUCACCCCGGCUCAUUAAAGCUGAUGCACGAGGACCUCGGCACUGUUCCAAACCAUGUCAUCCACAACGUCUUCUUUGAAUUCUCCACCGCUCUGGCCUGCGUCCCUGCUCCCGUGGACUGCCAGAUCAUUGAUUCCCACGGUAAUGAGUACGACCUCAGUCAUCUGAUGCGUGACGGAGAGGACAGCCCCUGGAUCGCCAUAGAUACAGAUGUGUCCAAAUCACGACGCUUUUACAUCAACGUCUGCAAACCCCUUCCUCCUGUGAGCAAGUGUCCAGUGGGUCCUCUGGGUUCUUGUGCCACGAUCGGUGACAAGAGUUACAACCUGGGCUACGUGCUGUCGAGCCCUCGGGCGGCGGAGGACGGCUCCAUCAGCAUCGUGUACCAGAACGGCGACCGCUGCGACAACAGCUCCCGCUACUCCACACGCAUCCUCUUCCAGUGUGACGACAACCCCGGCUCCCCCAUGUUUGACCGUUUAGAUGGUUGUGAAUAUGUCUUCAUCUGGAGGACAUCUGAGGCCUGCCCCCUCAGGAAGUCCAAAG